GCCGAUAAAACUUUGAUCUUAUUAUUUCAUCUAUUUCAAGUAUCCUGAGCUAGCGAAAGGUUUGUCGACAAAGGUAUGUCUGUAGGAUCGGAUGAGCGCGAAGAAGCUGCUUGCAAAUGGGUGUGCGAGGGCGGGCCUGCAUUGGUAAUGCAUGUCGGGGGUGUCUGGACGCUGGAUCAGGCUCCGCGGCUGAUUCCCAAAGGAAAAAGCAAAGUUGCGAUCAGAAUAGCAUAUAGCCCGACUGGCGCAACCUGACCUCUUGAAUGCCACGAUUUGCAUUUGCCCUCAAGUAUGCCCUCCUCAUAACGACAAUAUUCAUCCCUCAUCAACCAGCGCGUAAUCGACAUUGCUCUGACGCUGUUCAGGCGCAACUCAGCGUCUCAAAAUGGCUCAGGGUAUGGUUUCCUCGAUUUUUUUCAUGCUUUGGCUUGCAGGUCGUGCAUCUGCCGAUGGUGGGGAUGAUUUUGCGAACAAUUUGGCCUCGGACCUGGGACC